AUGUCACGUUCAUCCGUAAAUCCCCUUCGACCAUUAUCGGUUCUGAAACACUCUCGACCAAUCUCAUCAAAGAUAUUACCUAUACCUUCCACAUCAAGAAAUCCGACAUCACCGUUCGUACGAUCAUCAUUCAUUGGACUAUCAGCAAGAAGUCGAGGACUGCAUACUACGUCCGUCAGAUCACAUGGGGAGAUAACUCGACCUGCACCUGGAACAGGGAUCAAAGUACAUUUCAAAGAUGCAAAAGGAAAUAAUGUAAAAACCAUAGAGGGUAACGAAGGAGACGAUUUACUGAGUUUAGCACAUGAGUACGACGUGGAUUUAGAGGGCGCCUGUGAAGGUUCAGUAGCAUGCUCAACAUGUCACGUCGUAGUGGAUCCUGAACAUUAUGAUAUGUUACCUGAACCUGACGAUGAAGAGAAUGACAUGUUGGAUUUAGCGUUUGGUUUGGAAGAUACCUCGAGACUAGGUUGUCAAGUCAAACUCACGAAAGAACUAGAUGGAAUGGUAGCUACUUUACCUUCUGCAACUAGGAAUAUGUACGUUGAUGGAGCUAAAGCGCGAACACAUUGA